AUGGCUAGUUUAUUAAAUACCAUAGCUACAGAUCAUAAUUAUUACAAUGAAAAUAAAGAUGAGGGGGAGAAUUUUACACAACAUUUAGCUAACAAGUACGGUCGAAUUACAGACACCACAAAGAAUCUUAUUUGGUUUCUACAGAUCUCUGACAUACAUAUUAGUAUAUUCCGGGAUCCUGGUCGGAUAUCUCAAUUCCAGCAAUUUUGUGAUAAUACAGUAAAGAAAAUUAAACCAUCACUUGUUUUGGCUACGGGAGACUUGACUGAUGCUAAAGCUAAAGAUAAUCUUGGAAGUUCUCAAGUUAAAUCUGAAUGGGUAUAUUACCAUAACAUUAUAAAAGAGUCUGGAAUCACCGAAAAAACAACUUGGUUAGAUAUAAGAGGAAAUCAUGAUAACUUUAAUAUAAGAACAUUGAAUUCUCAAGAAAACUAUUUCCGAAAUUAUUCAGUACAAGGUGUUAGUAAUGCAAAAUCUUAUGUUCACAUCAUAGAUAAAAAUGGUGUAAGGGUAGCGUUUUUGGGGAUUGAUGCUUGCCCUGAGCCGGGCCUCAGAAGACCCUUUAAUUUCAUUGGUAUCUUAGAUGGUCAAGAACAGCAAUAUAUCCAGAAACUUAAACAGGAAGCAGAGAGUAAAGCUGAUCAUAUAGUAUGGUUUGGACACUAUCCAACAUCAUGUAUAUUGUCUUUAGAGUGGGAGUCUCAAAGACUGAAUGUAAGGCAAGUUAUUGGUAGUGCAAGUGGAUCGCAGGUUUAUGUAUGUGGUCACUUGCAUUCCAUGGGAGGUCUUGUACCAAAAAUGUAUACAAAACAUAAAAAAGGCUUCUUAGAGCUGGAGCUAGGCGACUGGAAAGACAAUAGAAUGUAUAGAUUAGCAGCAAUAGAUCAUGGAAUAUUCUCCUUUGUAGACCAAAAGCAUAAUACUUGGCCUAUAGCUCUUGUUACUAAUCCUAAACAUGCCAGAUAUGUAAUGCCUGGAAGGGAACCAUUGGGUUUAAUACCUCAUUCCACUCAUAUAAGGAUAUUAGCAUUUAGCGAUGUCAAAAUGGAGAGUGUUAAAGUUUCAUUUGAUAAAAUUAGUUGGUUGGAUUGUAAAUCUGCAGAUGGGCCGUUAUAUGUAUGCGAUUGGCUACCACACUUGUUUUCAAGUGGACUUCAUAACUUGCAUGUGAAAGCUGUAGAUGAGAUUGGCAGGGAAGCAAAUUUAACCCAUCCUUUUACUUUAGAUGGUACUGUGUUGAACUUUGAUGUGACACCGAGAGUCUUACUUAUGCUGGAUGCAGGAUCUGUGUUUCAGGCUGUGUUUGGAACUCUCCUCAUAAUAAAUGUCAUACCUCUAGUAAUUUUAAGGAUUCAGAAGAGUCCACCAAAGUAUAGAAGGAAAUGUGGCCGUCAAAUUCUACGCAGAGUUUGGCUGUUGAGUAAAAUAGAUAGAAUAUUCUAUCCGAUUGUGUUAUAUGCACUGUACUUACCUUUCGGGCCUUGGGCGAUUGGAGAGCUCAUAGAUGGAUAUAUAGGAACGAUCUUCGCAUGGGGUAUUGUCAUCAAGGGGACGUUUCUACCAGAACCAUUCACGUAUAUGUAUGGAAGUGUGCAGAUGAUGUUCGUUCAAAUACCGCUGAUAUUUGUACUUGCACAUUGCUUGGAGACACGGUUAUUAAAUCAAAACGUCUCAGUAUUACGACGAUUAAUCAAGAACAUACCAUUUAUAUUUCUUUUGACAAUACAACUGCUGCUUGCAUAUUUCUUUUGGCUGGAAUAUGGGACUUUGUCAUUCCUCACAAGUCCUUUGAGAACAUGGAGUGUUGGGUUGAGUACAGUACUUUGGUAUAAGACGCUAACACUGCCACCAGAUUAUUGCAGGCGCCUGCAAAAGUUAAACGAAACACCAGCGUAG